UACAUAAGACUGCCGACAAUUGAUUUGACAUGGUGAUCACUCUGCUCGGAUCACGUGACUUGAGGAAGCCAAUGGGAGUACGGUCAGAUCGUGAGAACAAACCCCUCCGUUAAUCAAGUCCCCGUUUACCCGGUAGGUACUAAUUAAACUGCCUUUCUCUUCCUCUUGCACGCAUCCAAGAACAGGUAACCAAGGGAUUGUUUUUAUCCUCACCUACAAGAGUAACGCUGCGGCCUUGUGUCACAACACUGGUACUCUUGUUAGAGGAAGUCCAUGUUUCUAUUCCUGUGAAAAGAUUUACUUUUUAACAGUUUGGUUUGUAUCGUAAAUACGUAGUCCUUUCCUGUAUAUCAAGACCACUAACGAGGGACAGUAUUUUGGAUAAUUUGUGUUUCAUCCAAGAGGGAGUGUACGACAAUGUGACCUUCUACCUCCGUGAGUUUUUACCUAUUUUCAUAACACUUUGUAAAUAUAUUUUCGCAAGGAGGCCAGAGACUUUGAACAAGUGACGCAGUCCAGUAAAUCGGAUUAAGUGUGGAAGAAAGAUGGGUUUUCUUUGCUGUGGAAACUAUCUGGAAAAGAUGCAUAUGGCAUUUACCGUUUUGUUUAUCGUGCUCGCGAACCACGCGGUGAGGACUAAACAGUCAACGUCAGUUUCUGAUAUAUCAAUGACUAUGAGUGAUAUGUCUACUGUGUCAGAGAUGGGAUCUGUUUCACUUCCAUCAACGAGUGGUGGUAUAUCAAUGACGUAUUCAACAGAAUCGACAUAUAGUAGUGUUGACAUGAGUAGCGGUUCAGGUAUAUAUCCAAGUGAAACGACAAGUUAUUCCAUGGGAGGUACGAAUUCCGCAAGUAUGUGGGGAUCAACGGAAACCAUGUCAAGUAUGCCUCAGAACUCAAUGACCACAAUGUCUCCUGGAGGCUCCACGACCCCUGGUGACCCCACAAUGAUGUCUUGUAUGUCAUAUCAGAGUUCCAUGUCAAGUGAUCCGACAAUGAUGUCAUGUAUGUCAUACCAGAGCUCCAUGUCAAGUGAUACGUCGAUUAUGUCUAGCAUGUCUUACCAGAGCUCCAUGUCAAGUGACCCACCAAUGAUGUCAAGCAUGUCAUAUCAAAGCUCCAUGUCAAGUGACCCCCCGAUGAUUUCUAGCAUGUCAUACCAGAGCUCCAUGUCAAGUGAUCCCCCAAUGAUGUCUAGCAUGUCAUACCAGAGCUCCAUGUCAAGUGAGCCCCCACUGAUGUCUAGCAUGUCAUAUCAGAGCUCCAUGUCAAGUGAUCCCUCGAUAAUGUCUAGCAUGUCAUACCAGAGCUCCAUAUCAAGUGACCCCACAAUGAUGUCUAGCAUGUCAUAUCAAAGCUCCAUGUCAAGUGAUCCCUCGAUAAUGUCUAGCAUGUCAUACCAGAGCUCCAUGUCAAGUGAGCCCCCAAUGAUGUCUAGCAUGUCAUAUCAGAGCUCCAUGUCAAGUGAACCCCCAAUGAUGUCAAGCAUGUCAUACCAGAGCUCCAUGUCAAGUGACCCCCAAUGAUGUCUAGUAUGUCAUAUCAAAGCUCCAUGUCAAGUGACCCCCACAAUGAUGUCUAGCAUGUCAUAUCAGAGCUCCAUGUCAAGUGAUCCCACAAUGAUGUCAAGCAUGUCAUAUCAGAGCUCCAUGUCAAGUGAUCCCCCAAUGAUGUCAAGCAUGUCAUAUCAGAGCUCUAUGUCAAGUGUCCCCUUAAUGAUGUCUAGUAUGUCAUACCAGA